AUGGAGACAGUCCGGGUGUUUAACCAGGAGCUCUCCGGGCUUUAUGAGUCGAAGCCGCCCAUUUCGAAGGCCAAAAUGGCCUCGAUUACACGCAGUGCAAUGAAGGCGAUCAAGUUCUACAAGCAUGUGGUGCAGAGUGUGGAAAAAUUCAUCCAAAAGUGCAAAUGCGAGUACAAGAUCCCGGGCCUGUACGUGAUUGAUUCGAUUGUCCGGCAGUCGCGUCACCAGUUUGGUCCGGACAAGGACGUGUUCGCCCCGCGUUUCGCCCGCAACAUGGGUUCCACGUUUGCCCAUUUGUUUCGGUGUCCUCCAGAAGAUAAGAGUAAAAUCAUUCGGGUGUUGAACCUAUGGCAAAAGAACAUGGUGUUUUUGCCUGAGGUGAUCCAACCGCUGUUCGACCUUGCCAACCCGGAUCACCCGAUUCACCAACAGUACAAUGCACAAAUGCUGCAGGAGCAAGCGGCGGGGGCAAACGGCAUGAAUCCGGGCGGGGUUUCACACGAUUCACCGGCGGGCGGUUCCAUGGGCGGUGUUAUGGAUGACCACGGUGGUCAGCUGCAGAUGGGCGAAACGAAACAACUUGAUCCUUCCACCAUUCGACAGCUGCAGCAGUUCCAACAGAUACUGAUGCGACAAACAUCGGGCGAUCAGGCAGCCGGCGGUGCUGCCAAUGCCGGUACGAUUGCCGCUAAGGAUCAGGUUAAAUUCAACAAAAAGCUCUUAGACUUCGACUAUGGGAGCGAUGAUGAUGAUGAUAAGAAUUCACCCUCGGUACCAUUACCGGGAAGUGCCGGUAUACCGGAUCUUACCCAAGUUCCGGGCGGCAACAUCGCUCAGAUUUUGUCCGAUCCGAACGUGCUGAAGCAGCUGCAGAAUUUGCAGAAACUAAAGCAGCAGGAAGAGAAACAAACGAAGUUGACGGAGAUGAUGCUGAAGGAGGAACAAUUCGAAAAGCAUCUGGCCAGCGUCCUCAAGAAGUUACCGUUCGCAAACGAGUGUGAUCUAAGUCGACAACCACCGAUCGAUUUGAACGCCGGCCACUCGUCAGCGAAAGAUGUUGAUACUGAUAACGACGUAGCGAUAACUGGAGUUGAGAUACUCGGAGAUCCUAUACCAGUCAGCAGCAGCCGCGGAGGCAUUAGUCACGGUGGCAGCGGUGGUGCUAGUGGAAGCGGAGGAGGUAACAGCGAUCGCUACAAGUCGUCCUCUUCAUCGCGGCGCAAAAGCAGAUCACGAUCACCGCGCGAGCGACGUGGUGGGGGUAACAGUGGAACCGGUGGCCGAAGUGGUCGAGGACGAUCACACUCCAGGUCACGAUCACCGUCACCGAGGUCCUCCAGGAGGCGUUCCUCGCGCGAUCGUGGUAGCACUUCGACCAAGGACCGUGAACGAGAGAAGGAACAUGAACGGGAGCGUAAGCGGAAAGGACUGCCGGAAAUGAAGAAAGAGCACCUCAGUGUGUGCAGCACGACGUUAUGGGUAGGCCAUUUAUCGAAAUUGGUUCAGCAGGAAGAGCUGUCCGAUACAUUUGGCAAAUAUGGUGACAUCGUGAGCAUUGACAUGAUUCCACCGCGUGGUUGCGCGUUUAUCGUGAUGAACCGACGGCAGGACGCAUUCAAAUGCAUGCAAAGCCUCAAGAACCACAAGAUGCACGGGCGUGCGAUAACGAUUUCGUGGGCCGCCGGUAAGGGCGUCAAAAGCAAGGAAUGGAAGGACUAUUGGGAUCUCGAUCUGGGAGUGAGCUACAUUCCCUGGUCGAAAUUGAGUCCCAACACGGAUCUGGAAUCGCUGGAGGACGGCGGGAUGUUCGAUGAGGACACGAUGCCCCAGUGGAUGAAGGAGAAAUCAUCCGCCAGCGGAGCAGCCGGGCUUGGACAAGCUGCGGCAGCAGCUGCCGCAGCACUGAGCCUCGGGCUGGGCCCGGGUAUGGGCUUGAAGAAACUAGAUGGUCCCGAUUUAUCGUCAGCUGCAGCAGCGGCCGCAGCAGCCGCAGGAAUGCUUAAUUCGACGCUAUUUCCACUCAGUGCAGUUGACACGAGCCAACCACCGCCAAACGCUAUGCUCGGUAUGGGCAUGCCACCAUUUCCUAUGGGUCCGGUUGCGCGCCUACCGAUGCCGAUGGGAAUUCCGAUCGGGCCCAACAUGGUGCCCGGGCUGGGAAUCAAUGUGCCUCCGCCUGGUAUGUUGUUGCCCGGAAAUCCACCCCCCUUACCGAUGGGAGGCUUUGGUGUUUUACCACCACCUCCUCCUACGGCGGGUGCGGCAUCUUCUGGUAUGAUGGGCAAUGGUGGUAAUUCAUCAAGUUUGAUGAACUCUGCCUCCAACAUGAGCAAAUCGUCUGCUGAUGAUAUGGACAUCGAGAUGGAGGAUGAAUAUCCGCCCACAGCUCCAAUGGUCGGUGGAGGGCAGAAUGCGAACGCGUUCUUUAAUCAACCACCACCGCCUUUAAUGCCUCCAAACGCCAACUUACCACCAGGGCCUCCGGGAGCAGUCGGAGCCAGUGGUUUCUUUGGAGUUGGUUCGGCCGGAUCUGCGCUCUCCGCUAUAGUCGCUGCGGCCGCAAAUCUACAGGAUAACGGAGGCACGUUGGACGGUGGCAGUGAUGAUGCCGAAGGAGCAGACAGUAAUAUGGGAGGCAAUCGGGGCGGAUCGAGGGACUUUUCGCGUUCCAAUGACGAUGGUCGUGAGCAUGGUAGAAACCGCGGAACCGACCGUAACAGAGAUCGCGAUCAACGUGCUGGCGGCUUUGAUCGGAGCGGUCCGGGCGGUGAUGGUGGCGGUCGUCGUGAUCGCGGAGAACGUGGAAGCCGUUGGGGCGGUGGGAAUGAUCGAGGCGGAAAUAAUUUCCGCGCUGGUAACGCCAAUCCGGAUGAUAGACCACUGUCAGAGAGGUUGCGAGAGCUGGCUGGUGUGCUCGAGUUUAACAAUCAACAACAGCGCGGUGGAGCCGGUGGUGGUCGCAAUUUCGGCCAGCGUGGAAACGACGGAGAUGACUUUGGUAAUCGCGAAGCUGACUUCACACGGCGAGGUGGAAACUUUCAACAAAAUCGAUUCAACAGUAAUUCCACCGGUGGUUUCGGUGACGAAGGCGGUCGCGGCGGUGAUGGUGGAGGUCGAAACUUAGGCGGUCGCAAUGGACAAUUUUCUAAUCAGCAGCAAGGAGGAGGUGGCAAUGGCCGCGGAGGAAACAACGGUGGUGGAAUGUUUGGAAAUCGCUCCGGUGGUGGAAGGAACAAUAACCAACAACAGCAGCGUGGUGGGCAGUUCUUCAAUGAAGAUCGCCAACAGCAGGGCGGCUUUUUCGAUCGAGACGAGAGCAGUAACGGCUAUGAUUCUGGCGGCAACAACAGCAACAAUAGCAACAACCGCCGUAAUUGGAACGAUCGCUCCGGAGGGCGCGGAAACAAUAGUGGCAAUCGCGACGAAGGCAACCGCGGAAGAGGACGACAACAGAACUGGCGCAGCGGUGAUGAAAGCACUGGAAGUGGUGACGGCGGUGGUGGUGGUGGUCAGCGGUUUAACAAUGCCCGUGGAGGAAACAAUAAUCGUGGAACCGGAGGAAAUCGCCCAGCCGGAGUCGCUCGAUGGGACGAUGAUGAUGAGAACUGGGAUGAUGCGAGCAAUAGAUCGACAACUGGGCGUCAGGUGCAGUUUGGUUCGAAUAAGCGCCAACGUGGGCAUUCUCGGGAAAACGAAUCUAAUGAGCAAGAGCAAUCACACGAUCAAGAACAGCGGUACCAUCGGCGCGAAAGAGGGCAGUCAGAUUCCGAAGACCGGCCCGGAGCAGAUGAACGUAAUUCGGGUCCUGAACAUGCCGGUGAGACCGGGAAUAGUGCAAUCGAUAGACAAGAAGGAGAAACGGAUGUCUCAGGAGAUAGAAGAUACCAGCGGGAUCACUAUCGUAACCGAAAUAAUGAUCCGGAUGAUGAACGGCCACAGCCCAUCCUUUACUCGCCGGAACCAGAGGAAGAAGCCGAGCAACCACUCAGCACCAAUCCGCUCAAUGAUGAGAACAUACCGAAUGACCAUCUCGAUGGCAAUGACAGAGAAGGUAACGGAAGAGAUAGGCGCCAUCAAUUCGGCGUGGAAGAAAGCCAUGUAACGAUGGCUUCCGCAGCCGAACGUUCAACCGCCGGCUGCAGUUCACAGGAUGACUCAUCUCAGUUCUUUAAAGCUUCCGACGAACGGUUCGAAAGCCAUAUUACGCAAUACGAACAGCAGUUACAACGGGGCGGCUCACCUUCUACCAUGGAUCCAGCUUCUAUGCCGGAAUCCUACAAUGAUUGCCACGAUCAUCAUCAGCAGCAGCAACAGCAGGGUGAUCAAUGUCCGCAACAACCCACUACUCUCGAUGAGCCUAAAGAAGUCGUACCCCCGGCAGUUUCUCAAUCAGAAGCUUCCUGCAUGGAAGAAACAUACAUCCAAUCAAAAGGCUCCGCCGAAAGUGAACCUACUCCGACGGCGGAAGCAUUAGCAGAGUAA